GUAACGUCAUCACCGCGCGACAUUUUGGUGUUACGCGUAUCCGGGUACACUCCAGCGAGUUUACUGACCUAAUUUAGCUAUUUUCAUGAUUUUAUUUCGUUUUGGUUGACGCGGGCUUAUUAUCUUUGGAAACAUGGAGCAUGCAGAGGCCAUUGCCGACGACGAAAAGACCACCACCACAACGGUGGUGGCGGCGGGCUCGUCGCUGUCAGCGGCGCAAAGGCGAGCAGAGAUCCGCAGGAGGAAGCUGCUCAUGAAUUCCGAGGACAGGAUGAACAGAAUUGUAGGCUUCGCCAAGAACGAGGCUGACAACAACGGUGGCUUCACCCGGCGGCCAACAGAACCUCGCUUUCACCUUGACCUCGAUCGGCCAGAGUCUUGGUCAUCCUCCCAACCCUCCCCGAGACCCUCCCCCCGAUCCCGCGGCGCUACACCAGAGCGGAGGGACUCUCCACUCCCGGAGGAGGCAGCGCCGGUGGACGGCCACCUUCGAGGCGUCCGCCAGAGGCCCAAACCGGAUAUGUCGGUGGGGGACAAUGCCAGCGGCCUGCACCAGUACCUCUCCCGCUUCGACGAUGCCAUCAAGUUGAGGGGUCAGCUAGCCAAUGAGAAGCCGGUGCAGAACGGGGAGGCGGAUGGCGAGGAGUUUGACCCUUUCACCGUUUUCAGGCUAGUCUGCAGCGUCCUCCUUGCAGUUUUUGUCCGAGUGUUUGUCUGCAAGUAUCUGUCGAUAUUUGCGCCAUUUUUGACGCUGGAACUGGCUUUUAUGGGCUUAUCCAAAUACUUUCCCAAGGUGGAGAAAAAAGCGCAGACAACAGUGCUGACUGCCGCCCUGCUGCUAUCAGGCAUCCCUAGCGAAGUCAUCAACCGUUCCAUGGACACUUACCGGCGCAUGGGCGACGUCUUUGCCGACCUCUGUGCAUAUUUCUUCACAUUUGUCAUCUCGCACCAGUUCCUGCUGCUCAUUGGAUCAGAGGCGGGCGAGCCCACCGGGGAAGCUUCUCCGGCGGUGACGGGUUAAUGAAUGGUAAAGUUUCAGUGCCGUUGAUGGCGAUGAGUUCAGAUGAUGAUUGUGACAGCAUUUUUGGAGCAGUUGUUGUGCAUCUUGGCUGGAGUGAUUCCGCUUUUGUGUCGUGCUUUCGCCUUACGUGUUUUCUACUUACUCGCGUUUUCAAUAUCCCCUUUAUUAAUUUAUUAUUGUGACUUUUCUUUACAUGGUCAACAACGCCCUUCCUAUUUCUUAGACCAGUCCUGAGUUACUUGCUCUGAUAUGUGUACGGGUUUUUGCUCUUGACAACAUAUGAUCCAUAUUCCCAUGUGAACUAAUUCAGUGUUGACAUUUGAAAACGGUCAAACCAAAUAAAUACUACCUGUUACACAUUGUCUCCCAUUUUUGGACAAAAA